CCCACCCUCCUGUUUCUUGUUCGUCAGAACCUGACGGUUGGUUAAUCGCGUUGCCAAGCUCUGGACGCGGCUCGACCAUUGGAGGCCGCGGGCCCGCCCCCGCCGGCUAGGUGAAGGUGAGAGUCUCCUCCAGUCGCAGACGCCAGACCUGACCUGGCAUCUCUGGAGUCGCGGUGAAGCGUCUCUAUUCCUGCUCUCUCGAUAUGGCGUCUCCAUCAGUCUUUGCCGAGGUUCCGCAGGCACAGCCUGUCUUGGUCUUCAAGCUCACUGCCGAUUUCCGGGAGGAUCCGGACCCCCGCAAGGUCAACCUGGGAGUAGGAGCGUAUCGCACAGAAGAAUGCCAGCCCUGGGUUUUGCCAGUAGUGAGGAAAGUGGAGCAGAAGCUUGCUAAUGACAAUAGCCUAAAUCAUGAGUAUCUGCCAAUCCUGGGCCUGCCCGAGUUCCGGAGCUGUGCUUCUCGUCUUGCCCUUGGGGAUGACAAUCCAGCUUUCAAGGAGAAGCGGGUAGGUGGUGUGCAGGGUUUGGGGGGAACAGGCGCGCUUCGGAUUGGAGCCGAGUUCUUAGCGCGAUGGUACAAUGGAACAAACAACAAGGACUUCUCCAUCUUUGUCCUCCAUGCCUGUGCACACAACCCAACUGGGACCGACCCAACUCCGGAGCAGUGGAAGCAGAUUGCUUCUGUCAUGAAGCACCGGUUUCUGUUCCCCUUCUUUGACUCAGCCUAUCAGGGCUUCGCAUCUGGAAACCUAGAGAGAGAUGCCUGGGCCAUUCGCUAUUUUGUGUCUGAAGGCUUCGAGCUCUUCUGUGCCCAGUCCUUCUCCAAGAACUUCGGGCUCUACAAUGAGCGAGUCGGGAAUCUGACUGUGGUUGGAAAAGAACCUGAGAGCGUCCUGCGAGUCCUUUCCCAGAUGGAGAAGAUUGUGCGGAUUACUUGGUCCAAUCCCCCUGCCCAGGGAGCACGAAUUGUAGCCUGUACCCUCUCUAACCCUGAGCUCUUUAAGGAAUGGACAGGUAAUGUGAAGACAAUGGCUGACCGGAUUCUGACCAUGAGAUCUGAACUCAGGGCACGACUAGAAGCCCUCAAAACUCCUGGGACCUGGAACCACAUCACUGAGCAAAUUGGCAUGUUCAGCUUCACCGGGUUGAACCCCAAGCAGGUUGAGUAUCUGGUCAAUGAAAAGCACAUCUACCUGCUGCCAAGUGGUCGAAUCAACAUGUGUGGCUUAACCACCAAAAAUCUAGAUUAUGUGGCCACCUCCAUCCAUGAAGCAGUUACCAAAAUCCAGUGAAGAAAAACCACCCGUCCAGUACCACCAAAGUAGUUCUCUGUCAUGUGUGUUCCCUGCCUGCACAAAAUAUCACAGAUCAGAGACUCUGGCAGGACUGAAAGGCUGUUCUAGUGAGGCCGCCUCUGUUUAAACUGGCCCCACGUGAAGUGAACAUCCCUUGAGACGAAUUUGGACGCUGGGAUUAGAGCCUUUGAAGGUCAAAGCAAAUUGAGAUCUUUAUUUAAGAAUAAAAGAGUACUUUGAUCAUGAGACAUAGGUAUUUUGUCCCCCUCGCUAAGAAGCAGUAGGUUGCAUGUGAUGACCACAUGCUUCUAUGUGGUGUUUGACUCUGUACAAAGUCUAGUCCCAAAGAUCAAGUCGUCUGAAGGAGCCAAAGUACAAAUGUGGGUGUUGGCUGUGGCAUUAAACUCAUCAUCUCAACCCAGAGUGUCUGGUCUCCCUUCUCUUUCUGCAUGAUUGUGUCCCUAGUCCUGCACUUUGGUUCUUUAGGGUGACUGUGGUAAGAAAGAUAUUUAAUCAUGACAUGCACAGACACACACAUAUUUAAUAGGAACAGAAGUUUCACCAACAGUAUUUACUUAUGCUGUGUAUAGUGCAUUCUGAUAUUUUUGAGUACAUUCUAUUGUGUUCUACUUCAUCUAAAAAAAUAAAAUAAAAAUGCUGAUCAAGA